CAAACCAAAAUCGGUGGACCCACGAGAUUCAACUCAGCUAAACAUCUCCCACAAGAAAAUGCAGACGUCAAUCACAAGGUUCCAUCCAACACAAACACAAACACACACAAAAAAAUAACCAUGAAGAAGUUUCACGGAGUCGCCUUGGUUGUUUUUCUAUCAGCUUUAGCGACUACUUGCAAAGCAGAUGAGGAACUUUCUUGCGAAGAGAAGGAGCCAUUCACAUGUGGAAACAUUGACGUUUUAAGCAGUAAAAAUUUCGAUAAAGACUUCAUUUUCGGUGUCGAAGGAGGCAGAGGUCGUGGUCUAAACGUUUGGGAUGGCUUCACUCACCGAUACCCAGAGAAAGGAGGACCAGAUCAUGGGAAUGGAGACACUACUUGUGAGUCAUAUACAAGAUGGGAGAAAGAUGUAGAGGCGAUAAUCGAAAUGAAUGCUACUGGCUACAGAUUCUCCUUUGCGUGGUCAAGAAUCAUUCCAAAAGGAAAAAGGAGUAGGGGAGUGAACAAAGGAGAUUACGCGGAUCUAUGUUUCAAGGAAUUCGGUGGAAAGGUAAAGAACUGGCUCACUAUCAACCAGCUCUACACAGUGCCUACGAGAGGCUAUGCAAUCGGGACAGAUGCACCCGGUCGAUGUUCUCAAGCGAUUGAUAAGAGAUGUUACGGCGGAAAUUCUUCAACGGAACCCUAUAUAGUUGCACAUAACCAGCUUCUUGCUCAUGCCGCGGUGGUUGAUCUUUAUAGGAAGAAAUAUAAGUUCCAAGGAGGGAAGAUCGGACCUGUGAUGAUAACUAGAUGGUUUCUUCCAUAUGAUGAGACUGAUAAAGCCUGCAUAGAUGCAACUGAGAGGAUAAAAGAAUUCUUCUUAGGAUGGUUUAUGGAGCCGCUAACAAAAGGUAGAUAUCCAGACGUCAUGAGGAAAAUUGUGGGAAGUCGUCUUCCCAACUUCACUGAAGCAGAAGCCAAACUCGUAAAGGGUUCAUAUGAUUUUCUUGGUCUCAACUAUUACGUCACUCAGUAUGCACAGCCAGCUGCUAACCCAUAUCCUUCGCCAAAUCACACUGCCAUGAUGGACCCAUGCGUAAAGCUCACGUCUGAAAAUUCACGUGGUGAAGUUCCUGGUCCACUGUUCUCUGAAGACAAGGUAAGCGGUAACAGCUAUUACUACCCAAAGGGAAUUUAUUACGUAAUGGAUCACUUCAAAACCAGAUACGGUGACCCUUUAAUCUAUAUCACCGAGAACGGAAUUAGUAGCCUCGGUUCCGAAACCCGUGAGGAGGCUGUUGCCGAUUCCAAGCGGAUUGACUAUCUUUGUAGUCAUCUCUGCUUUCUCAGUAAAGUCAUCAAAGAGAAGAAUGUCAACAUAAAAGGAUACUUUGCAUGGGCUCUUGGAGAUAAUUAUGAAUUCUGUAAAGGCUUUAGCGUCAGAUUUGGACUCAGUUACGUUAAUUGGACAGACGUUACUGAUAGAAACUUAAAAGAUUCUGGCAAAUGGUACCAGAAGUUCAUUAACGUUACCACCAAGAACCCUACAAAACAAGAUUUCCUCCGCUCUAGCCUGUUCUCCCAAUACAAGAAGCUCGCAGAUGCAUGAACAGUUUAUGCCUAUGAUCAAGCUCAUGUCAUAACUCUUUCUACUUGCUCCAUAGAUAACAUAAGGAGCUUUGUUUACUGUACUAAAUAGAAUAAUUUCCCCCAAAAAGGGGAUGAUCAAUGAAUAAUACUUUUAGUUACUACUACAUUAUGUCAAGUCAAGGGAUGGGCAAAAAGAAGCAAUGAACCCAAUUUAACAAUAAAAACAUCUCUAUCAACGGGUUUUCAAACCGUAUUUCAGC